AUGGUCUUCUCGUUUUUCUGCAAAGUGGGGUCGAUAAUCGUCGGCACGCUCUUUCCCUGCUUCAACACCUACAAAGCGGCGAAACGGCGAGAUGGGCCAGUGCAGAAAUUCUACACCAAAUACUGGACAAUCUUUGCGUGUGUAUCUUCAAUUGAAGCGAUUGCUGACCUCUUCUACAUUACGUCUCUCGUCCCUGGAUACGAAUUAGCUUUCUUGCUUUGGACAUCUACAGGCGGGGCUCAUUUUGUCUACGAUAAGAAUUUAAUUUUGGAAGCCAUGACGACAGCACUUACGUCGAUGGCGGCCAAAGGCUCAACUUCUUCCGUUUCCACGUCAAUCAUCGGGAAUCCCGUCGCUCAAUUGGUUUCACAAGUGCCAACUCACAUGCAUCGGCAAGUAAUUCGAUCGCUGAGCGUUGAAGGAACUUUUGAACAGCCUCAAGCCGUCUAUUCGGCUAGGGUUGUCGAAGUAGAAGAAUUGGACGAGGACGAGGAUUGGGAGGAAUAUAUUCCAAAAGAAAAGCACGAAGAAACACAAAGAAGUUUUGUCAGCAGGAGGCCUCAGAAAGCGCCGGAAACGAAGACAACUCCACUUCGUCGAUCAAAGCGGCAGCAGGAAAAGCAUAGGGCAAGCAUUACCAGCAAAGACUCUGGCGAUGAAGACGAGGCAAAUUCAUCGGAUCAGGUCUUCAACCUGGGAAGUGAUGAAUUAGCAACAGACGAUGAAGGGGCUUCACGAGCAAAGAUCAAAUCAAAGAGAGGAGGACUGGGAAGGCGUGGAAGGGGCAGAAAUGCAACGAUGACCUAUCGGGGCAACGAUUCAACU